AUGUAUUCUUUUGGGAACGAAGAAGCGGACUCUCUGGAGCGUCUCUUCGGGUUUUUCUGUGAGUGUGUACGGCGUGGGCACUGGGAGCUUGCACAGGCCUGCGUGCCCCAGCUGAGCCAGUGGCACGGGGACGGCCCUGGGAAGGUGGAGGCAAUUCUUGAGGCUCUGGUAGCUUGCCCCGUGGGGGUAAGAUGGGGACAGAAUUCUAGCCCAUGGAGAACUGCAUGGCUUUGGCUUCUUGUGCUGGAAAAAUGGCUUGCCAGGAAUCAGAAACCUCUUCCAGUUGUUCUUCAGAGAGAAACUGAAUUUUUAUUGUUCUUGGAAGAACUACAGAAAGAUGUCUCUGAGGAAGUCCUAAAGGAACUGUUUGAAGCAUUUGAGUGCACGCAGAACAAGCACAUCACAGACAGCAAAAGAAGAGAUGACUGUUCUCACAAAUUCAGUUUGGAUGUUGUUUCAGCUCUCCGGAAGCUUUUACUGCGGGCUCCCCAGAGGGCAAAAGCCCUGCUGGAGUUCUUCCAGAGGGAACAAGGCACACACAGCUCCUCACUCCAGCAAUAUCGCUCUCUACAAAACAUCUUUGUUGAGUUUCUUUGUGACUCCUUGAAAUCUCUGCAGAGGCUUCAGAGCGGUUCUGAGCUUUCAGCUGAACUAGAUCAAAGAGAACUGGUAGAUACAAUUUAUGCUGCUCUCAGUAUAGUGACUUUUGAGGUGGAGCAUCAAGCAGAUGAAAUAAAGCACUUAUUCAGGGAGCUCUUGGAUGUAUGCUGGGCUGAGGGCAGCCCACUGAGAGAAGAGAAGCUACUAAACUGUACGCUGAGGAAACAGAGCCAUUGCCUGCUAAGCCUCUAUAGCAGCGUUCUCAUAGAAAGAACAAGAGAAAAGUUUUUGUUGUCAAAAUCAACACAAAAAGGUUCAUCUGAGCAGCUGGAUACAGAGCGAACUGUGAUGAGUUUGUUCUCAGAUCCCAAAGAAGCUCCUUCUUGGAAGACAGUCUAUUUCUACUGCUUGAGCAGCAGCAAACACUUUCUGGAACAGAUUCUGGGGACUGCAUUAGCUUUACUAAAAAGAGAGGACUACUCAGGCCUGAAGAGCUUGUUGAGGAGAGAAUUCAACCCCCUUAGCCGGCUCUUGGUGUUGUUAGGAUGGACUCAUUGCCAAAGCUUGGAAUCAGCAAAAACAUUGCUAUGGACUCUACACAAAACUCAGGAUCUGUGCAAUGAUUCAAUAUUGAAAGAUUUUUGUGAUGGGCUGUGGGCUCAUGUGGAAGUUCUUGAAUGGUGCAUACAGCAAAACAGUAUUACGGUCCCAAGGAAGGUUCUGUUGCAACACUUGCACAAUCUGGAUUGCCACACUGCGAUGUAUUCUCUGCAUCAUCUCACCAAUCUUCUGGCACUGAAUGAGGAUGAUGUUAUUGAGCUCCUUCAAAAAGUUCCUGCUGGAGACCAACAGAUGCAGGCAGCCACCCUCCCUAGCACCCUGAGUCAGCAGCGCAACCUGGCACUCUUCCGAGCGUUCUGUGCCAUGAAGUAUGCAAUCUAUGCUCUCUGUGUGAAUUCACACAGGCAUGCCAAGUGCAAGGAUUGUGUGCACAGCCUUCUUGGUGAUAUCCCUGAGGAUGCAGCUUUUGGAGAACCAGCAGAUUGCUCUUCAUUAUUUCCUCAGUAUAUUGUGAAGUGUCAGCAAUUCUUAAGAAGUGUUCCCAUUCCUCUGCGCCUGGAGGUUUUGGAAAAUAUUUUCUCCUUACUUUUCGUUUCCUAUAACGACCUCUAUAUUGAGACUCCUCUGCCUGAGGACUAUGCAGAGGAUGAAGACCUUGACAAAAAGGGUGCUGCUCUGAGUGUAGAAGGCCACAGUGCCAGUCGGCGGUCUUCCACCUCACAAAGUCCACAACACCUAACAGAGGCUGAAAAAAAAUCAGAGAGGCAUCUGCUGGCUGCACAAACAAUUCACACAGAUACCCAACGUCUUUGUGACUCUAUAUUAGAUGGCAAAAGCUGUGAAACCUCUAAGCCAUGCUACCUGGAUCUGAAACACUUCACCAGUGGUGUUACUGGGUUUUUAGUGGAUGAUGUAGCCAUGGAGGCCUUCCUCACAUUGCUGCUCAGCCACCUGGAAGAAAUUCAGAGUUCUCUCCCAUGGGACUCCAGUAAUGUGCUUCGUGAAGAGCUGGAGCUCGUUGAGUGCUUGAAUCUCUCUGCAAGCAGAGAUGCCUUUGGAAGUCGCAUGUUACAGUUUUCCAAAUACCUUUCUGAAGCUCACUGGCGGUACAAGGUGGUGAUGAGUAACAGAAAUGCAGAAAAUCAGCUUGCAGCCUCCAGGAGAUACUGCUCUUUAAUCAGGUGCUCCAGCUUUAAGAAACGAAGUAGAUACCGGAGGUACAAGACAGAUGGGAAAGAGGGAACUUCCAGUCCAUCAUUAGAAAGCACAAGUAGCGAGUUAAGCACCAGUACCUCAGAGGGAAGUACCAGUAGUGUGUCUGGCUUGAGUGAUUUGGAAAGCAGGGCAAGACCACAUCAGCAGAACUCCCUCAUUCCUAUGAUGCUUUCCCCCCCAGAAUCACUGUUAGUUUCUUGUGUUUUGAGAGGAAACUUUGUGGAAGCCCACCAGGUGGCUUUGAUGUUUAAUCUGGAGACUUCCCCUUGCUAUGGUGAAUUGGUUUUCAUGGAGCGUUACCAAGAAGCAGUACGAGAAAUGGCAAGAGUGGAGCACAAUAUUGAGAAUCAAGCAUCAGAUGGCACUGGAGGCAUCAGGAAGUCUGGCAGUGGCCGUUCAACACUGCAAGCUAUUGGGAGUGCAGCAGCAGCUGGUAUGGUAUUUUAUUCAAUCUCGGAUGUUACUGAUAAAUUGCUUGCAACUUCUGGAAGUCUUGCCCCUACUCUUCAAGAAAACUUCUGGAUCAGGAACAUCCAGCUGGAGCAUACUGAUCCUCUGCGAGAAGUCCUUGAGGACCUCAAUCCUUCAGCAAUGGCAGCAUUUGACUUAGCUUGUACUCAAUGCCAUCUUUGGAAGACAUGCAAACAGCUUCUGGAGACAGCAGAAAGAAGACUCUACAACAGCCUUGAAACUCGGGGCCACCGACCUGACUUUGUUUUACUGCACUGUGAAGGUGUAAAGGGUUUUCCAGCAGUUCUCCAGCAAAUAAGUAAAAUUCUCAACUAUUCCUGCACAUCACAAGGUCAAUCCAGACCAGAGGUGCCAGAUGAGAAAAUAGGGAGUCAUUUUCGAUGCAGUAUUGUAGACCUCCUGCAAACUUGCUACCCCACCUUGACUGAAGAAAGUAUUACUAAUGAAAUUGUUCUAUCACAAAACCUGGAUCAUAUCCUAAAAGCACUGACAUGUGUUGAACGUUCUGUGGACUCUAAAGGGAGCCUGCUUGGCACCUUGGUGGAGCAGGGCUCUCUCAAACCAACGGAGCUGGAGAAGCACCUGGUUUGGAACCAAACACAGCUCCUGCUGAGAACUCUUGACCAGCAUGCCCAAACCAUGCCAGAGAACAGCAGGCACACAAACUUUGUGAAGGCCUUCCUUGACUACAUCACUACACUGGCUGCUGUGGUGUUACGAAGCUUGAAUGCAGAGCUAGAUGGAUCUGCAGAAGUGAAAGUGGGAAACCCGUUCAUACUCUUACAGCAGAGUCCAACUCAGCUGCUUUCCCAGCUUAUUUUUGAGAGACAAGUUCAUCCUGACAGACUUUCUUCUCUCUUGGCUAAAGAAGAAUUGAACCUGAAUGUGCAGCAAGUCAUUGUUAACUCUUGCUGUGAACCACUGUCCUUGUGCAAUGCAAGACAAAACAGCCAGGCAAAGUCUCUUCUCACAAACAUCAGCAACUUGACACACCAGUGUGCCCACCACUGCCUGCCAGAUGUUGAAAUACCUAUUCACAGUUCUGCUGUGACCUCUGAGGAUAUCUCCACUCAGGCCUCAUCCUCUGUGAAUGACUUGAGCCAGCACACACUGACUGCCUCCUCCCUGGACUUCCUGAAGUCUCAGUCAAAGCUAAUGGCUACAGUGGCAUGUCUAAGUGCAUCUAAUAUACAGAAAAUUCACAAAUCAGGUUUGUCUUGGAUGGAAUUUCGGGGCAAACGGGAAGUGCCCUUAGGCUUGGAACAGAUUUCCAGGGAGUGUGAGACACUGUUGAAGGAGUUCCCAAUAUUGGAACGAUAUCUUCUUGCUAUGUUUGACCCGCUUCAGAAUCAAGAGGAAGGUGGCAGUUUGGCUGCUGUCUUCUCUGGCAAGGCAUACAUGUCUCUGGUUCUCCUGGGAUUACAUUCCACCACAGCUGUUAAAGUAUUAAUGGGAAUCUUGGAACAAGCUCUUGCAGCAAAGGAUUGGGACAGAACUCUGAAGGUCUUGGAUCUGUACAGUCAGGAUGUGGAGGAAGUGAUCAAUGUGAAGGAUGCUGUACUGAGUUGUGCAGCUGCUGAAGAUAAGGAUGGUUGGCAAUACUUGUUCCCAGUAAAAAAUGCAGUGUUGAGAAGUAGACUGGCCCUGCGCUGUCUGGACAAAUGGCCCCUUGAUGCCUGUCUGGAAAUUUUGGCUUAUUGCAUUUCUGAUCUGGACAUACCUCAGGAACUAAAAGCCAAUCUGCAGAGCAGGAGGAAAGAACUUAAGGUUUAUCAAAAGAUUUUGAAUGUGCAAAAUGAACCAUUGUGGAAUGACUGGCAGGAUCUGAAAAAAGCCUGCACUGAUGACCCUCAGGCUGUCAUGAAUAUCAUUCUAAAAGCAAAGGAUUAUGAAUUGUGUGAGGAAUGGGGACACUUGUAUCCUGUCCCAAGAGAAGACUUGAUCAACCUUCACCGUGAGCACCUUCUCCACUUACUGGAGAUGGGAGACAUGGAAAAGGCAUUGCAGCUUUUACAAAGAAUCGAAGACCCUGGUGUUUGCCUUGCCAUCAGUGAACAGUCCCUUGACCAGCAUCCCAACUUGGCAGCCUCUCACUUCUUGGCUGAUUACCUCACAGCUCACUUCUAUGCCAGUCUGACAACUGCACGCCGGAAUGAAAUCCAGGCACUCUAUAUAGGAUCAAAGGUGCUGCUGACUCUGCCUGAGCUCUCCCGUGUUAACUACGUCCACCUCUCCUCAAGGCCACUGCUCAUGCUGGAACAGCUCCUCAUGAAUAUGAAGGUGGACUGGGUAGCUUUAGCUGUGCAGACACUGCACCAGCUCUUAGCUGGGCAGGAAAUCGGUUUUACUGUAGAGGACAUUGACAAUUUGCUUUCCAAGUAUGCAGAAAAGGCUCUCAACUUCCCUUUCACAUUAAAAGAAAAGAGAUCAGAUUCUCUGAUACGUAUUCAAGAAAGUCUCAGUCAGGUAUUGGAGUGUGAAGCAUUGUCUAAAUCAGGAUCAUCAGAACUAUCUUCUGUCAGUUCUACUGGUGUAACCAUAUCUGCAAGCCCCAGAGACAGGAGUCUGCAGCAGAACUUGCUUCCUCAAGAAUUUGUGCCUCCUGAGAAGCCACCACCAAAGCAGCAAUGGAUACCUGAUGACACUGAAACUAUAUGUAUGGUUUGCAAAACGGAACGCUUCACUAUGUUUAACAGGCGCCAUCACUGCAGGCGCUGUGGCAGGCUGGUGUGCAGCUCUUGCUCCACCAAGAAAAUGGAAAUAGAAGCUUGCAGAGAAAAUCUGUCUCGUGUAUGUGAUCAAUGCUAUAGCUACUACAACAGAGAAAACAUGCCUGGCUUGGUGCAAGACACAAGCACCAGAAAAGAAGAUCAGGACCAAGUGGAAGAAACUUCUAAUAAUGAAUAUUCCACAGUGGUACGAAUACCCAAGGCAACUGAUCUUGAAUGGAUUUUUUCCCUGAAUGAAGAGGAGAAUGAAAUCGUACGCAGCGAAUUUUAUUAUGAACAGGCUCCCAGCUCUUCCCUGUGUAUUGCCAUCCUUAGCCUGCACAGUGACAGCAUAGUGUGUGGCCACCAGCUGAUAGAACACUGCUGCAAGUUGUCCCAAGGGCUCACUAAUCCUGAGGUGGAUGCUGGACUCCUCAUGGACAUCAUGAAACAAUUGCUCUUCAGUGCUAAAAUGAUGUUUGUAAAAGCUGGAAGGAGCCAGGACCUAGCUCUCUGUGACAGCUACAUCAGCAAAGUGGAUGUGUUGAAUAUUUUGGUUGCUGCUGCCUACCGUCCAGUGCCAUCUUUGGAUCAGAUCCUUCUCCCAGCAGCAGUAACGAGAUUGAGAAAUCAGCUUUUGGAAGCAGAGUACUAUGAACUAGCUAUAGAGGUUUCUACAAAAUCUGGAUUGGAUCCAGGUGGAGCAUGGCAUGCCUGGGGCAUGGCUUGCCUUAAAGCUGGAAAUUUAACUUCAGCAAGAGAGAAGUUUAAUCGAUGUUUAAAGCCACCCAUGGAUCUAAACCAGCUGAACCAUGGUUCAAGGCUGGUCCAGGAUGUGAUACAGUACCUGGAGUCCACAGUGAAGCCAGUACUCAUCACAGACGAUGAUUACUUUGCCACACUGAGGGAACUUGAAGCAACACUGAGGACAAGAAGUCUGUCUCUGGAGAUGAUGUGUGAGGGGAAGAUUCAGCACAACAGCUAUUAUCAGGAGUGCUUGUUCUAUUUGCACAGUUAUGGCACUAAUCUGGCAAUAAUAAGCUUUUACAUGAGGCAUGACUGUAUGAGAGAAGCACUGCUUCACUUGUUAAAUAAGGAAUCCCCAUCAGAAGUGUUUAUUGAAGGGAUCUUCAUUCCAAGUUAUGAAAGUGGAAAACUGCAUAUGUUGGAGAACUUACUGGAAACCAUUGAUCCAGGAUUGGAAAGCUGGGGAGUCUAUUUGAUUGCAGCCUGCAAAUACUUGCAGAGAAAGAACUAUUACCAUAUUCUGUAUGAACUGCAGCAGUUCAUGAAGGAUCACGUUCGUGCUGCAAUGACCUGCAUUAGAUUUUUCACUCAUGGAGCAAAGUCUUACACUGAACUUGGAGGAAAACAGACAUGGCUUCUAAAGAUCAAGGACCAUCUCAAAGUCUAUCUGCAGGAGGUCUCAAGAAGUUCAGGAAGGAAAAAAAUGACAUUCACUUUUCGGAAGAAAAUGUCUGCUACGGAUGUGUCAAGGCACAUCAAUACAGUUGAUCUGCAGAUGGAAGUAACGAAGUUCCUGCAUCAGUGUGAGAGCUCAGGAGCUUCUCAAAUGACAGAUUCCUCCUUGCCCACACUCUUUGGAAACAACAACAUGAAAAUGGAUGUUGCUUGCAAGGUCAUAUUGGAAGGCAAAAACAUUGAGGAGGGGUUUGGGAUUGCAUUUAGAGUUCUCCAGGACUUCCAGCUGGAGGCUACAGAAGUGUACAGCAAAGUGGCCAAGCAUCUGGUGAAGCAGCAGAAGUACAGCGAGAUCCAGCAGCUCCUGAAGUGUGUCAAUGAGUCUGGAGUGGCAGCAAAAAAUGAUGGGGAUAACAUUAUCCUAAACUGUCUAAAUGAGUUCAAAAACAUUCCUGCUGAGGAUCUCGAUAAUCUGAUUCAGGAUAUGGACAGUGAUGAAAACAAGAUCCAGGCGUACCUGAUGUGCAGCAAGCUGCGCUCGGCGUACCUGGUGUCGGUGCGGCAGGAGAAGGCGCGCGCCGUGCAGCUGGUCCAGCGCGUGCGCCAGCUGGCCGAGAGCAGCGGCGACCACGUCGUGCAGGCCAUCUGUGCCCAGUGGCUCGCAGUGCACCAGCCCAAGGUGAGAAAUCGGCUUCCCCAGGGCACCAGGAAGUAACGUGGGACUGACACGCGCCAUCGUGCUGAAGGAGGAGGCUUCAACACAGAGCAAAGGUGUGUGGCUCAGCAGCCUCCAGGUGAAAUGGAGCUCUCUUGACUGGUGUCGGUGGCAAAUGGAUGCUGCUAAUGUGCCUCUGGUGAAAGGAAGGGAACUAAAUUACAAGUGCCAGUCGUGUAUUUUGACAAACAGUCGCUACCUCAGGGUGUUCUUCGGCUCUCUUUUUGGUGCGGGGAGGGGGGCAGUUUCAAACUGAACAAGCAAGGAUUUAGAUGUGUGGAAGAGAGCACUUUUGUUUCCGGCUUUAGUUUUUCGUUUUGUUGGUUUUUAAUUUUUGAGGGGGUUGAUAUUUUUUGAAAAGCACUGAAAUUAAUAAUAUGUGUUUUAUUUUUAAUCCAGAAAACAUACGUAGAGAGGACAGAAAAAUUUUAUUAACUCGAUGUAGCCUAGAGUAUAAAAUUUUUGUGAUGUUUCCUGUAAAAUUUUCAAGAUUGGAGAGUUUUUCUGUUACUAAGACUAAAACUCAGAUUUUUUUUUUUUUUUUUUAAAGCCUCUAGACAAAUCAUUGCUACUUCUCUUUUAGGCCCCGCCCACCACUAGCACAAUGUACCCAUUUUUUUUUUAGUUUGUUUGAAAAGGUAGGAACUGAUUCUUUAUGGCAGAUUUGUACUUACCAGUCACACUGUGUGAUGUGUGCCAUAGAUGUGGCACUUGGGCUAGUGCCAACUAGAUGAAUGAAGUUAUAAAGGGCAUAUCCUGUAAGGGGAGUACAAAGGGAAAAUAAGCCUUUAAAAUAGUUGAAAAAUCACGUGCCUCUUUCUUUACUAUGGUAAUACCCAAUAAAUCAUUGUGAUGCAGCUUUUUGACUGAAUAGUUGACAGUAAAUUUCCACAGUUCUUCAUCAGGUAUAGCAAAGAAUAAGGAUAGAACAAGCUGUGGCAAAAUUAAACAGGUGGUCUGUAUCCCUGACAAAUAGGGAUGUAUUUAUUUAUUACCAGGAUAAUUUGUCCCUGUCAAGUACAAAAUACCAAACUGGACAUGCCCUGUAUUGACGGGUUUUGCUCUGCAAGUAUUAGGUUAAUCGGUUUUAUGAAAAAAAGCAGCAAUCUUUGGGUAAUGUCUGUAUUCUGGGAUGCUGAAAAAAGGUAGCUGCUUCUCUGCAACUAGUAUUGGGACAUGAGAAACUGGCAGAAAUGUGUUAGACAGUAGUAGGACCUU